AUGGAAUUCACACUCACCGCCGUCCUCCCCGAAGACGCCCCGGCAAUAACCGACGUGUUCUUCGCGUCCUUCACCAACGCCCUCAGCCAGCGCCUAACCCCAGACACCGAGGACGUGCGCGCCUUCGAAACCGCCUUUUUCAAGACCGCCGCCGAAGAGGCGCAGUCAAGCAAGGGGUCGGAUUUCAUCAAGGUGGUGGCCAGUGAACCCGGGGUUGAGCCGGCGAUUGCGGGGUUCGCGCUGUGGAAGUACUACGAGGGGGAGCAGGACCCGCAUGAGGGCGAGAAGAUCGAGUGGCCGGCGAGUUGUGACGGUGAGCUGUGCGAGAGUUUCUUCUCUGGUGUGGAUCGGGAGCGGAAAAGAGCGAUUGGGGACCAGCCGCAUUAUUACUUGAGUAUUCUGGGGGUGGACCCGAAGUUCGGGCGCCAGGGACUCGGCGGGAGGCUGUUGAAAUGGGGUCUGGACCGUGCGGAUCAGGAACAGCUUAUUACCUUCAUUUCGUCCUCUCCGGCGGGACGGGGGCUAUACGAGAAACAUGGAUCGAAGGCUGUGCACAGCUACGAAGUUAUUCCGGGGUACUACGAGACGUCGAUGGUGCGGGCUGUUGGCGGGGUGCGGAGGUGUAAAUAG